AUGCUUGACCUUCCCCCCGAAAUACUUGGCUCCAUCUUGCGACAAGCCCUGUCUGUUUCCUGGUCCAUCCCCAAUGCAUCAUGGUCAUCUCCUGCGUUCCCCCAGCCCUUUGCGCUGGACCGGACGCAAGCCGUCAUCCUGAUGGAAGUCUGUCGGGCGUGGUAUCGGGUCGCGUGUGAGCUGCUGUACGAGAGCGUGUUCGUCGACCACAUUGACCAGCUGCCACGGCUGGUGCACGCUUUGGAGACGUGGCCAGAGUUGGCGAAGCUGCUGCGCAACCUGACUAUUUCGUGCUACAUCCCCGACUUGGACGAUUGGGAAAAGGUGCAUCAGACGGGAAUCACGCGCUUGCUCGAGUUGUGUGGGGGCAACAUCACACGUCUGGGGCUCAGCAUCGCGCCGGACCCUUCAAGUUUGCUCAUGGCGCCAUUGGCCACUGGCAGCGCGGUUUGCCACCUCGAUCUGCGGGCGUUGUCGGGCAGCGAGAUGCCGGAUGUGUAUCCCAUUCUGGCAGGAUUGGCCCCGCAACUUGUGACGUUGUCGACCUACGUCCCCGAGGCCGUGUUCCCCAGCCGAAUCGUCUUCCCUCGCGUGACGGAUCUGCGGCUGGUGCUGCACGCGGUAUCCGCGUCCGCCGACCACGCGUGGGAGUUCCUUGUUCUGCAGUCAUUGGUGAUCGACAUCGGCGACCGUUAUACCGCGAGGCAGCGUUCAACCGAGCCGGUCCGUGACCUUAUUCGCACGCUUGGCGGCAAGACCAUCACCCACUUAUCGGUGCCCCCGCUGAGCAACUGGACAUGGUACCACCCCGUCAGCAGCGAGUACCUCGAAGCCGACCACGCCGCGGCACAGGAAAUGCUCGAUGCCUGCCCAGAGCUGCUCUACCUCAAAAUCGGCAUCGCCCAGUGUCUCGCCGAGCAACCGUUCGAUGACUUAUACCUCCCGCCGCUGACACACCGCUAUAUCGCCGCACUGGACAUCGUCGGCCGGGCAAACUGGCACCCCGGAGACAUGGAGAACGUAUACCUCGACUAUCUGCGGGGCUGCCGCGAGGAGGGCAUGCCGGCCCUCCGGAACUGCCGGUUCAUCGAUGCCGGGCUCAGCUUCCUCGGCACCGCCCUACUGCCGGACCCGCUGGAGGGAGAGGGCGAGCUCUGGGAGUACGACGCGUGGUUUAGCGGUGGCGACGAUGUCGACUACCGGCAGGCUGCGGUACCGCAGGGUAGCUGGCUGGCGUUUGUGCUGGGGGAUGAUGAUAUGUGGGAUGACAAGGACUGCGAUGAGGAUCCGGACUAUGAGCCCGGUAGCUCGGAGUCAGAGUCGGAUGGGGAGGAUGAGUCGAGUGGUGACUCCGGUCAGUCUGAGGAGGAGGAGGAUACUUGGGAGAUUGACAGCGCUGAGUUGUCGAGUUUGUUGGGCGAACGGCUGGAGUCAGACUCGGAUGUAGAUUGA